AUGAAUGCGAAAAACCCCUGGCAUGAGGCUGCGCCAAGACAAGCCACCGGAAACAAGAACCGGAAAAAGUGUCAAAAGACAGUGACAGAUACGCGAGCAGGCCAAGAUUCAAGACUUGAGGCUAUCCCUAGAUUCUUGUGGGCGAGUAUGCUCAAGGCGGUUGGGAGCCUCUGGGCGGAUUAA